AUGGCGAUCGCGCGAUGAGCUAGCUUAGUCAGCGUGCAUUCCCACAUCAUCUUCUCUGAACAUCUAUUCUUCCAUCCUAAACACCACUAUCACCACAGGACCAAGCAACAAAUGAAGUCUCGCUAUACGCUAGAUGCCAGCCUUGAUACUUGGAGGUCCAACGAUUAGAACCCGGCGUUCCCCGCUUGUAUGGAUCAUAUACAUCGUCCAUGUCAUCCCCGCAGCUCGAAUCGGUCAAGCCUCGCGCCCUACCGCUAGGAUGGCGCUUGAGGCUGGUGCAGAAGAAGUCGAAAAGAGGGGGGAUGUGUACUUGAUGGAAAGAAGGGCGUGCAUCAUGCGUCGUCCGGGAUGUCUGAUGCUUACACAGAGCGGUAGGUCAGGCGACUUCCUUUGUUCCUAUUUCAUUUUCGCGUUUUAUUUAUGGAAUAUUUCCUCUACAAGCUCUUUGUUCCCUUGUUGUACAAGAAUGGCUAGCUUGCUGGUUUUACAAUAUUGUUCCGCUAGUGCAGCGCGCACGUCACGUGCCUAGCACCAAGCUGGCAUAGGUAUGCCUCGAGGUACAGUAUUAGGACAUUAGCAUUGCACUCUCUUUGACCACGGAUUCAACU